UAUUAACGGACCGAUAUAGCCAUCUGUAGCGAGGGCAAAUUACUGCAUCUUGUUAUUCUAUUUAGCUACCUGUUUUUUGUUAUAAGAGUUUCAUUAUAUAUUCUCCAUUUACGCAAGGUUACUACUACUAGGCUACGUUUGCCUUCUUGCAAAGCAAUAGACCUACUUCAACCACUGGACACUGCACACGCAUGGUCUAACGUUCGCGUGAGGAUGAGCACGUCAAGUUCAGUUUUUAUAAAUGCCUUUUGUGUGAAAACUGGCGUACUGAUGUUUUGGGAAAUAUUUUGUGGGUAUGCAACGUUUCUAAAUGAGUCACCUGCGUCUCAAUAUGACUGACUCCAAGCUAAAAAGAAUAAUAAUACAAACAAAAACAAUCCAGUGCCACUCAGGUACUAAAAUGUCGUAAUGCUAAAAGUGGUCUCUCCUGUCUUUUAAUUCUAUAUCUAUGUUGUUGCUAGAAUUGUUUACUUGUAUCCAUAACAACAGAAGUUCCAACAAUGAUUUUUGUGCUUCUUGGCUGGAGUUUGGGGGACUGGCCAGCAGUAUGUCUGAGAACUGGCAAACAGCCGUGGUGACAGUAGGCUUCGUCCAGGGUAGUAAGGUGGACAGUGUGCCCAUGGGCAGCCGGAUGACCCACAUCCGAGAGGCCCCGGCUGGGCAGCGGGGUCCAGGCAAGCCCCAGUCUUCAGGGCCGAGGCAUGGGCGUCUGAUGCACCAGAGCACCCUGUCACUAGGGGACCCACAGGGAUCUGGGACCAGCUACACUACCACACACACUCAGAGUUACUGUGGGCGGGAGGCCGACGGCCAACCGCUGGUCUUCUUUCCCCGAGAUCCCGCCUACCCCUCCCAGCACACCAGUCAGCUGGACCUGAGUCACACAUCCAGCAGCCAAUCACAGACACACAGCAGAGACAUCCAUAACCCCAAAGCCAUCAUCCCGUUCAAUGUUCUUCAUAGGCUGGGUCAGAGUAAUUGGUCUCGUAAUCGCGACGGCGUGGCCAUGAGAGAGGUGACCAAUCCCAAGGAGCCCACCCCCUACUGGACGACCUAUCGCAGUGAGCACAGGAGUCCUAGCCCCUCUCCCUCACCACACGACCCCACUGGUAGACCAACACUGUGGCAUCAACAUGAUAUACUGACAGGUGAGGCCAGGAGUCCAGCAGGUCCAGGUGAGGCCAGGAGACAGUCUGGAGAGAGAGUCCUGUGGGCAACGAGACGCUGGGAGACGGACUGCUGUUCCCUCCGACUCUACUAAACACACACAAUUCAACUGUACGUACACACACACACACACACACACACGACCACACACGCACACAAAACCAACUCUGACCCAACUGAGUGCAGUUCAGUCCAACAACACUCAAAGACAAAACACUGAAAUACUACCAAAACCACUCCACUAACUCUCCAUCUAGUCAGAACAACUCCCUGGAAUAACACUACUUCAGAUGGACUAAUAAACCUGCUCCCUGAACAUCACUGUACUGGCAGAUCUGGGUUAAAACGCUGUACUGGAGGGGGCUUUUCACUUAAUAAAAUAAAUCAUUACUGGGAACUGUGUGAGAGAAUGUGUGCAGAGGAGACUGAAAGGGUGUGUGUGCUUGCGUGUGAAAAGUGUGUGUCCAGUGGCAGGAGUAGAACCGUACAUCUAACCACGUCUGUCUGACAGGACAUUUAACAUGGAGGGUUGGCCCUGGGGGGGGACCCAGUCAGUGCUAUGUACAGCAUCAACACCCCUCCCUCUCCUUCUCUAACUUCAACAACAUUCAACACCCGAGGGAUAAACUACAAAGCAGGAUCAAUGAGUGAGCCGCCAUCCAUGUUCAUUUAAAUCAGACUUUAUUCAUUGUUUGUAGAGAACUCAAACAGAUGAAAUAGAGGAGAGGAACAGCGAGAUAGUAGGUAAAGAAUAUAACAGACAAGACAGAGAGAUAAAGACAGGAAGAGGAUUGGCGUAUUUACAAUCACAGGCCCCCUGACCAGAGAGAGAGAGAGAGAGAGAGGGACAGAUAAAGGACUCUAGCAGGUCCAGCUAACAGCGUUAUUAGUAGAUUUCAUCAAGCGUUGGACUGUUCACCCACUAAUAGGGAACGUGAGCUGGGUUUAGACCGUGGUGAGACAGGGAUAGAGGAGGGACAGAUAAAGGACUCUUGCAGCAGUGGGACUAGUAGGAUAAAGAUCACCUAGACUAGACAGUAAGGUCAGGGUAGGGGGCAGGUUACGCUGAUCCUAGGUCUGUGCCUCUGAACCAGUGUCAGCUCACACCAGGGCGGCGUCUUAAAUAGCACCCUAUUCCCUAGAUAGUGCACUACUGUUGACCAGGGCCUAUAGGGGUAGUGCACUACAUAGGGAAUAGGGUGCCACUUCAGACACACACCCAGAAUUAUAUAUUCCAAAUGUCACCAGACUAGGCUUGAGUCCCAAAUGGCACCCUACUCCCUAGAUAAUGCACUACUGUUGACCAGGGCCUAUAGGUGUAGUGCACUACAUAGGGAAUAGGGUGCCACGUGGGACGUCACCUAGGUCUGCUUCUCUACUCUAAACUCCAGUUCCAGCUACGGUUUCAGUGCAAUCUUAAAAACAGACAGAAGCAGGAAUCUGAAAGGUAAAGGAACGAUGGCAGCAACAACGACAGCUGUGUCCCAGCCUCCUGAAACAAUACUGACACUACACUAACCAUCCUCACUGGGAGAUUUAAUUACUGACACUACCUACCAUCAGUAUGUCCAUUACACUGACCAUCCUCACUGGGAGAUUUAAUUACUGACACUACCUACCAUCAGUAUGUCCAUUACACUAACCAUCCUCACUGGGAGAUUUAAUUACUGACA